AUGAGCGGGGCCCCGGGCGGGCGCCGCCCGCCCUUCCCCGGGCUCCCAGGGGAGCGGGUGCUGGAGGAGGCGGCGGGCGCCCGGCAGCGCUGCGGGGCCGGCUCCGUCCCGGGAACGCUGCUCUGCACCAACCGCCGCCUCGCCUUCCUGCCCGGCCAGGUGCGACGGGAACACCGGCAACGCCGGGAAUACCGCCCCAUUCCGGCUUCACUCCAAACUCAUCCUGACCCUCAUCCUGGUUGCAUCUACACCCCAUCCCAGCUGCACCCCAACCCCAUCCCAGCUGCACCCCAACCCCAUCCCAGCCCCACCCCAGCCCACCCUGCCUGGUCGAUUGUGGAACCGCCGUGUUUGCCCUGGCAGCUCCUCGUGGCAGGACGGCCUCGGGGGCGAGGAACAGUGAAGGAGGGACAUGGGACAGCUGUAGAGCCCAGCCCCAUCCCCACCACCCUUCCUGGAAUCGCGGGGGACGCUCCGGGGCAGCUUCCAGCCUUCCCUGCUCUCCCACAGGGCCCCGGCUCCCACGGCUUCCUGCGCUCCGAGGACGAGGUGGCCCUGACCUGCAUCCGCAAGCUGGUGGCAGCCAGCAGCUUCUCCAAGCCCAAGGUGCUCACGGCCACCUCCACCCUCAAGUUCAUCCCCGAGGAGCUCGCCGUGUUCUGCCGGGAUUUCCGCCUGCUCCGCUUCUCCUUCCCCGACAACGGGCUGGCUCCACAAGCGUUCAGGGUGGCCAACGCCAUCGCCCAGGCGCGGGAAGUGGCCGCGUGGCCGGGGGACACCGAGGGACACGACGAGGAGGAUGAUGAUGAGGAGGAGGAUGAGGAGGAAGGCCUGGGUGCCACGCUGCUCUUCGAGAGCCUGCGGGACUGGGAGGAGGAGCUGGAGCGCCUGGGUGCCACGGGCUGGAGGGUGAGCGCCGUCAACGAGCGCUUCGACAUGGCCCCCAGCCUCCCCCGGUACCUGUGGGUGCCCAGCGGGCUCCUGGACCACGACCUCAAGCGAACCUUCGGCCACUUCCAGGAGCGCCGGGUGCCCCGCCUGUGCUGGCACCACCCGGCCGGGGGGGACCUGCUGAGAGCCGGCGGCUUCCACCCGGCCUCGGAGCCGGGCAGCGAGGACGUGAGGUGCCUGGAGAUGCUGCUGCUGGGGGACCGCGGGCCCUGCGUUCUGUUCGACACGGCCGAGCUGCCCUCGCCCGCCGACAUCCAGCUCGCCCACCUCAAGCUGCAGGCGCUCUGCCUGCCCGGAGCGGUGGCGGAGGAGAAGUGGCUGUCGGCCCUGGAGGGGACGCGCUGGCUGGAGCACGUCCGCACCUGCCUGAGGAAAGCCAUGGAGGUGGCGUCGCUGCUGGCAGGGAGACGCUGCUCCGUGGUCCUGCAAGAGCCCUCGGACCGGGACCUGAACUGCCUGCUGGCCUCGCUGGUGCAGCUCCUGGGGGACCCCCACGCCCGCUCCCUGCACGGCUUCCAGAGCCUGGUACAGCGGGAGUGGGUGGCAGCCGGGCACCCCUUCCCACACCGCCUGGGGCUGCUGCGCAGGGACAGCCCCCGCCAGGAGGCCCCCGUGUUCCUGCUGUUCCUGGACUGCACGUGGCAGCUGCUCCGCCAGUUCCCGGGGGAUUUUGGCUUCACCGAGGCGUUUGUGCUGGCGCUCCACGACAGCAGCUUCAGCCCCUUCCUCAGCACCUUCCGCUUCAGCUGCCAGCGCCAGCGGGGCCAGGGCGGCCCGCCCCGGCCCCGCAGCCAGACCUACCGCCCGGUGGGGGGCUGGCAGGACCCCUCGAAGGGGUCCGGGGGGCACAGGGGGGGUCCCUCCUCCUGCCCCUUCCCCCCGGUGUGGGCCUGGGGGCUGCGCCACACGCGGGAGCAGCGGCAGCGGUUCCGGAACCCCGCGGGACCCCCGGCCCCCGCCGAGCCCCCGACCCCGGGCAGG